GUCACGUAUCGCACGUACACCACGGAAAAGGACCAUAGAUGGAUUGAACGGACAAUGCAGGGCGAAAAGCAGACGAUGCUGCCGUCGUCGUCGUCGGCAGACCUAAUCAGCGGCCUCGAUGAUGACCUCCUCCUCCACGUCCUGCGCUUCAUGCCCGAAGCCUGCGAAGUCGCACGCACGUCCGCGCUCUCGAGGCGGUGGCGCGACAUCUCGACGCGCGCCCCCGUCCUCCACUUCCGCGACGGGCAAGGCGGCGGCAGCACCACGAAGAAGACUGGUAAGAAGAACAAAAAGAAGAAGAAAGAGGAUGGCCACAUGCGGUACAACGAAUUUAUACACAACGUCCUCGCGCGACGCGCCAAUAGCGACGCCUACAUCGACACGCUCGAUUUGUACAGCACGCUCUGGCCGGGCGAUUCGCAAGCCGACGUGUGGCUCCGCCAUGCCAUGCAGAUCGUGGUUGGUUCCUUGAAAUUCCACGUGUGGGCGCCGUUGAAGAUCAAUCUGACGGGACGAGCGGUGGAGAGGCCAAAGCCCAAGCUGCAGCUGCCUCGCUCCACGAGGGCGACAACGAUGUCACUGGAGUUGUACUACGGCUUCCUUCUGCUCCCGCCGACGGUAGAGUUUCACGCGCUAACGGACAUGACUCUCUGCACCAUAAAAUUCAUCGACGGCGACGACGUCCGCCUCAGCAGCCUGCUAUCGUCGUCUUCGUGCUGCCCGAGGCUGCGAAAGCUAACACUCCAUAACCUGUCCGGGCUGAAGGAGCUUCAGCUCAAUGGCAGCGCGCUGGAGAUCUUGGAUCUGAAUGACCUCUCCGUGAGGCGAUUGGUUGUCCACGCCCCACAUCUGUCGGCGCUCCGCCUCGGGUUCCGCUUCAUGGUGUACGAUGAACGCGACCACUCCAGCCUCAACUUCCAUGCACCAGCGCUGGACACACUCAAUUCCUCCAUUCAGCUCGGCUAUUGCCAGCAGCUCGACCUCCAAGGUCACACGAUCCAACUACUGCAAGAGUGUAGCCCCAACGUUCGUCACCGCAUGCACAUACCAGGCCCAGAGGGGCAAACCGAAAAAGAGGUAGAGAAUGAAAUAACAGCGAUGCCCCAAUUCCCCGGCUUCACAAAUCUGACGGUAAGAUUUUACUCAAAAAAAGGCAGCCACUUCAGAGCAAUUGCGACCGGUCUCCUACAGCGAUGCUGCAAUCUCCGGUAUCUCCACCUAGACGUUCACCUGGUGAGUUUGUAA